GGGCGGGAGCGUCCGUUAAGCGGGCGCGUGCGCGGAGCGGUUUGUGCUGUUGCGCAGGCGUGCCGGGCGGAGGAUGGGGCUCUAGCGCCGCCUGUCGGCAGAGCAGUGCCCGGUUCGCCGAGCCUGCCGGCUGCCUUACUCGGUGCUACGGGGAGCUUUGUGCGGAACUUGGGUUACAGAAACAUCUCCCAUCAGCCUUUGCGGCUGCGCAGGGCGGGGUUUGCUCAUCCGGGUCCUCUGCUCUCCUGGCAGCCCGCCCAAUAGGCACCCACCGAGGGUGUGUCCUAGGCGCUGAUUGGUUGGUUCGGACCGACGAGCUCUGUUUAAAAUCAGUUAACGGCGGCGGGUCGCGCCGGGCGGUUGCGGCGCUGAGAAACCACACAGAGGGAGCGAGGUUGUCAGAUGUGCUGGGGUUUGGUGUCACAGGUGACCAACACUUGUUCAAGGACCGUGGCAGCGCAAGGGGAGGACGCGUGGGGACAGCGUGAAGGUGAAGAUGUAUCGCCCAGUGUUUCGCUAUUCCUUUGAUGUCCCAAAUCAUUGCAUCAACUUUGCAACUCUGAGCGAAGAUGAUGACCUCAAUGCAGACUCCUGGUUUGACCAAAGAGCCAAUCUGGAGAACGUCCCUCCUGCAGAAAAUCUGGCAAAGACCUCUCUUACCAGCCCUGCUUUGUCAAAGCCCGAUGUUUUGCCUCUUGUCACAUCGCAAGAAAUAAAAACAAGUGAAAGCUGUGGUGAAGACAAUAGCCAAGCAGAAUGUGUGCAGGCCAGUGCAGUUCCUCAGAAUAUUGUUGGAUCCCUGACGAGCUGGAGAGCUGCUGCGCCUGCGGAGGCCUCUCAGAGAGCGGGUAGAAGACAAGCUACAACACAGAGGAAAACACAGCAGCGUAAACAGCCGGCUAGAGUCAAAGUGGAGAGAAAUGCUAAUGCCUUGGUUAAUAAGGAAGAGGUUCCACCUAUGAAAAAAAUGAGAAUUUCUAGUGGCACAGAGAAGCUGACAGAAGUGUCCACGAAGAGCGAGCCCCUGCAGAACCCCAACCUCUCCCCAGCAAGAGGGAGAACCAAGCCGGCCAUGCCCUCCACGCCAAUGGUGUUAAAGAGGACCAAUCCUUCUGGCAAGGCAAAGAGCACAGAGGAGCAGGAGCUGGAAAAGAUGCAGCAAUUGCAGCAGGAAGUUAUGGAACUGCGGAAGAAGAACGAGGAGUCUCUGAAAGCAGCGAUUGCUGGGGCAGGACAACCUGUGAAGAGAGCUGGUGGUCAAGUAACAAAGCCAGUUGACUUCCACUUCUGCACGGAGAACAGAAUUAAACAACACAUGGAAAGCCAGCCUGGGAAUGAGUAUAAGGAAGUGGAUUUUGCGGCUGUACUGAGAAAGCAUCCUCCCUCUCCGGGACAAAUGCCAAAGAAACCCACUGUCCCCAAACCUUUCAAUCUGUCCCAGGGAAACAAAAGAAAACAUGAAGAAACCACAUCAGAAUAUGUGCCUCUUGCUGAGCAGGUAGAAGCAUUCCAAAGACGCACACCCUCUCGGUACCAUUUGAGGAGCAGGAAAUCAGAUGAAGGCCCAGUCCCAGGAAAGUUGGCGAAGGUUCAGAUGACAAACCCAAAAACACCAUUGCUUCGAACAAAGCAGCGCUUCAGACCAGUCACCUGCAAACCUACAGCAGAGCUAGAAGCAGAAGAACUAGAGAAAAUUCAACAGUACAAGUUCAAAGCACGAGAAGUUGAUCACAAAAUCUUUGAGGGUGGACCACUCCUGCCCAAGAAACCCCCUGCAAAGGAACUCACGCGACCCAUUGGCUUUGAGUUGGAAAUAGAAAAGAGGAUUCAGGAGCGUGAGAGUAAGAAGCAGCAGGAGGAAGAGCACUUUGAAUUCCAUUCCAGGCCGUGUCCAACAAAAAUCCUGGAGGAUGUUGUGGGUGUUCCAGAGAAGAAAGUGCUUCCUGUUACAGUCCCCAAGUCUCCAGCCUUCACCUUGAAAAGCAGAACCCGAGUGUCUGGCAGAGAUGAAGAGAAGGAAAAAGAGGUGGUCCCUGUGAUCAAGGCUAACCCUAUGCCACACUACGGAGUGCCCUUCAAACCUAAAAUGCCAGAGCAGAGGCACGUGGAAGUUUGCCCCUUCUCUUUUGAUGCUCGUGACAAAGAGCGGCAAAUACAAAAAGAGAAAAAAAUAGAAGAACUGCAGAAGGAAGAGGUGCCAAAGUUCAAAGCGCUACCUCUGCCUUACUUUGACCAUGUUAAGCUGCCAGAAAAGAAGGUGAAAACCCCAACUCAGCCAGAACCAUUCAACCUGCAGGUUGACGAGCGGGGAGCUGCCAAGCUGCAGAGCUGGAAACAGCAGCUUGAAGAAGAUUUGAAAAGGCAGAAAGAGGCAGCGUGUUUUAAAGCUCGUCCCAACACAGUGGUGUACCAGGAGCCUUUUGUACCUAAAAAGGAAAAUAAGCUGUUAGCAGAGAGCCUUUCUGGUUCCAUAGUUCCUGAAAAUUUUGAGCUGGCAACAGAAAAAAGAGCUAAAGAGCGGCAAGAAUUUGAAAAGCGAUUGGCAGAUAAAGAAGCUGAGAAGGAGAGGUAUCAAGGCCAGGUCAGACAGGAAGAAGAGGAGCGUGAAAAGGAAGAAAUUUCUAAGCUACGACAAGAACUGGUUCACAAGGCAAACCCAAUACGCAAAUACCGCAGUGUAGAGGUGAAACACAGUGACAAACCACUGACUAGGCCCAAGUCUCCCAACUUCUCAGAUAGGUUUAGGUGCUGAUAUGCCUCAUGUGGUAGGAGGAGGGAGAUCCCAUUCCUCCACUCUCUUGAUAAGCAGAGAGGGAACAGUUUCUAUGUGCUUGCUGUCUCAACUCCUACACUUGAUUCCAUUAUUGUUUAUUGAGUAGUUUAACUCCACCUGAGGCAGGUGGCUGAGGCACAGCGACUAGGCUGUGCCAUACAGUUUCACUUCAGCUCUGGACAUCUAGUUCUCAAAAGACUAAACUAGGUUUUUAUAUUAUAUAUGAAUAUUGUGUACCAGAACUAAAUAAAAAUUCUAAUCUGA